AUGUUGGCACGGUCGGACGGAAAGGAGGCGCCUGCGGUGGACGUCGACCCAGCCGUGCUGGUGCACCAGCUGCGUUCGCCCAGCUCUGGGGUGGCCAUCAAAGACCGCAAGCUCCCCAACCGCUCCCGUCUCCUCCGUGAGUGCUUCGUCGGUAAGGAGGCGGUGGACUGGCUGCUGUCGCACGACCUGGCGCCAUCGCGUGCGGCCGGGGUCGCGCUGUUGGCGCAGCUGCAGCGCGAGUGCUACAUCAAACCUGUGGGUCCGUGCAAGCGCCUGCCGCGGCCCAUCGACUGCGACCUGGCCUUCUUCCGCUUCGGCGCCUCAUCGGCCUCGCGCAUCGCCGCUGCGCAGCUGCUGCACGACCACGCCAUGCUCAAGAAUUCGGGCGGCGCCAGCGGCAGCCCGCAGCAGCAGAAGAAGGACCAGCAGCCCGCAGUCCCCCGACAGUCCGCCUUCUUUGAAAAAGAGCAGGUGAGCCACGAAUUCGAGACGUGGCUGCAGGAUGGUGGGCCAGAUCAUGAGCAGACGCAGGAGAAGAGCCAGCAAGACCUGCGCAGCCUGUUCAAGCAGAUCUACGACAUCGUACUCAAACAGGCUUCGAUCGAAGACGACGAGGUCCAGCAGGCGAUGCGGUGCAUGGACGACCUGUGCUGCACCAUCAGCCUGACCCAUGCGGGCAUGACCAAGGAGCGAAUACGAGCGAUCGUGUUCGAGUUGGGCGGGAUGUACAUACUCACGGGCCUGCUGCGCCGGCUGCGCCGGGUGGCCCUGCUGCAGCGGAAGGGGAGCGAGCUGGUGAGCCUGCUCCUGGGCGACAUCUCAUCCAAGGGCGCCCUCGCCGACGUCGAGGCCCGCUCCAUCCUGCCCCUCAUCCGCACCCUUGGCAAGACCUACCACCACUACGCCCCCUGGGGACCCAACGAGCCGUUCGAUGGGCAGACGUGGAACGAGGUGAACGGGGCGUUGGACAUUCUGUACAACAAGGGCUGGCGGCAGGAGGUGGCGCAGAUGCGGAACAAGCGGCUGAUCAAGACCCAGGGCCGCUUCCACACGUUCGGGUCGCACCUCAACAAGGAGCGCCUGUGGGAGCGGCCCCUCGCCGCCUGGGAGGACACCCGGCGCUCGCUCCUCGCCGCGAGCGAGGCCCGAUGCACCGUGCGCCUGUGGUCUCUCAAGGUGGAGGAUGUGGUGGCGAAGGAGGUGGCGAUCAAGGUCCAACAGUGGGCGUGGAACGGGCAGCCGACCAGGAACCAGGCCGUGCUGUGGUCGUCCGCCGCCAAGAACGGGCGGUGGGACCUCAGUGCUGCCGCCGACGGCGACCAACGCAAGCCGUACGCGACCUUCGAGGCCCAGCUCUACCAGGAGCUGCGUGUCUUUGUUCUCAACCGACGGCGAGAGGAGAGUGUGUUUCGCAAGGCCAAGGAGGACUUUGUGGGCGCGGUGCGGAUCGAGCCGGCCACGGUGCACGCGCUCCAGAAGGCCUACGCGCAGGACUCGCUCGAGGUGAGCCUGGUGCUGUCGCGCGAGGAGGAGACCCCCUCCGGCCCUCGAUACCACUCGGGCAGCCAACUCAAGCGCGGGCGGGUGAGCCUGCGCUUCAGCAUCCACCCCUCGCUUGAGUUGUCGUCAUGA